AUGGCCGGAUCCGAGGAGGCCCCGGCUGCUGAGGUCCGCAAACGCGGCAUCAGCGGUUCAAUGUCGCUUCGCACCAAAAAACUCGGCCGCCGUUUGUCAAGGAGUAUGUCUAUAGUGGCGCUGAAGUUGCCAGAGAAGGCGCAGAGCAUCACACGAACAUCGACCAAGUUGAUGCGCUCAGGCAGCAGAGACAAGAAGAACAGAUCUUUCGAGCUCUCCGUGAUAUUACCGGAUAAGACACAGAGACAGGUGACAGUAUGGGGUAGCAGUACUGUGGCGGAGGUCAUUCACGAUCCGCUACAAGAAGCUGGGCUAGCGAUUUCUGGUUUUCCAACUGGACCUCUAUCACCUCCCUUGAGUCUACCUAUCGCGGGUCCUCUACCACCACCAGAAGAAGCCGUUCCUCCGCCAACAGCGCUCUUAUUUCUCGGAGGGUGUAAGGCUCCCGUAGAACCAAGGGCCUCUACAGUUUAUUUGGAAGGAGAAGUUCUUGUUAUUGAAUGUGAACCACCAGCGUGGGAUGGAAAAGAUCUAGAAGUGUUCCUAGCUUGGGAAAAAACAUAUGCUUCGAUACUGUUCUCGGCCGUGGAACUUUAUGGGAAGCCGUUGCUUCGAGCGGCAGCAAUAACCAAAGAAGAAUAUCACUUGCUUUUCUAUUAUUUAGAAUCCAUAUCGGAAGCCAGCGAAGCGUUAACGCAACGCAUGCGGAAAUACAUCGAUUCAGGUCUUUUAAAUACUCAAAAAGAUGAUGACGACAACGAUGAAUUGGCUUCUCUUAAUUCGCAAAUAAAUUGUAACAGCGUCACUGAAAAUGAAACAAAAAGCCUUCUCACUGAACUCAUUCAAGAGGGAAUUUUGUCACAACAUGACGUUGAUUCCGCGUCAGAAAUGACCACAUCGACGUAUAGUGAACAAGCAACGGUUGGCAAAAAAGUUGACGACGAUAACAGAUCGAGCUCUUCGUCAAUUGCAGUACCACUGCGCAGAGUGAUAGUUGACAUUCCAGUUGAUAAGUCUGAAUCCGUUGUUGACGGUUCUGCAGUUGAACAUACAGAUGAUAUCGCGCCAAUCAAAACUGGAGGCCAGUGUUGCGCUGAUCAUAGAAUAUCCGCCGACAUCACAGACAACGUGUGGUCCAAUGUGAGAUGGGAUUUUCUUAAUCCUGCUGAUUUUGGAUAUGAUCAAGUUCCAAGCGUAAAGAGAAGUCGAUCUGACUCUGCGCUAACACCGUUGGUUACGCGGCGUAAUGAAGAAAUCUAUGAGACUUUGCGCGAUGAUGAGGGCGAUUCGUGCGGCAGCAUGACACCUUACGAAUCUAUAGAAGAUUUAUACGACUGCAUUAAGAACGCUGCAUAUAAUAGUGUCAUAGCAGACUCGUCUCCAUCUACGGAGAGUCAAUCGGAGCCACAUUAUCCGGACUUCGAUGAAAAGUCGAGCACGACGCGUCAGAGCUCCGCUAGCAGUGAAAAAAGCGGAACCUCGUCCGCUUUUCCAUUUUCGAAGUGCGGUUCUACUGAUUCGACCGGUGCGUACACGUCUUGCGAGUCUACGAGCGGUAUAAGUACUUUCGCCAUGAAAAGCAUUCCGGAGCUGAUUAAAUGCAGAGAAUUGCCUUUGCCGCCUACGGAAGUCGAAAUGAAUGAGAGUGCGAUUCUAUUGAAGCAACUGUUUAUGGGUGAAUUAAUGGACGCAUAUGGUGAAUAUCUAUCGGCGUAUCCGUAUGCGCGUGCGCUGCUUCGCCGGAAGUUGCGACGGGACGAACAUUUCACCGCGCUCGCCGACAUCAGACGAGGUGCCGCCAAGUACACCAUCGCCGAUUACCUGGAACUCCCGGUAAGUGAAUUAGCUUUAUAUGAAACUGCUAUUAAUCGUCGAGCUCUGCUUUUCUUGAACUAUUGUACAGAGCGAAUACAUUUAGCUUUUGUGUUGGAGUCAAGUGCGUCCAUUAAAUUAAUUCAGCGUGGAAUCGAGAACAAUACGGUGAGCAUUGGAGGAAUCCUGGUGUGGUGGAUUUGA